CCGUGGUUGCGAAUGAAGAUCGCAGUUCUAGAAAAUACCUCCGUCAGCUCAGCUUCACCUGAGAGUCCCAGUGAGAUUCUGAUACAUUCUUUUUUUUUAAACUAUAUAAGAUUAAAAGUGUUCAAGUGACAAAUUUUUGUCGUGUUGUGUUAAUUUAGCUUUAGUUCGAAAAAUCAUGAUCAAGUUUAUCGCGAUUCUUGCACUCAUUGCGGUGUGUGCUCAUGCAUACCCAGCCGAAGAGCCAGCAGCAAACGUUGAAAUUCAUCCACGAGAAGUUGCUCCUGAACAAAGCGAUGUUGCUGUAGCUCCAGAGGGCGAGGAAGAGGGCAAGGAGGGUCUCAACCCAUCCGAGAGUGCUUGGGGUUGGGGAGGCUAUGGUGGCUGGCGCGGUGGAUGGGGUGGCGGCUGGGGAGGCUACGGUGGAUGGGGUGGUGGCUACGGAUGGGGUGGACGUGGAUAUGGUGGAUGGAGACGAGGAUGGGGAUGGGGCUACCCACGUCACUACUACCGAUCGUGGUACUGGUAAAGGAUCUUCACAUCUUUCGAGGAAGCUCACCUUUGCAUAACACAACUCCUUCUGCUCUCAAUUAACUACAAAACAAGAAAAAGAAAAUUUUGUAAAUUCAGGAAGAAAAAAAAAACGCGUGAAACAAUAAAAAUUGAUGAAAAACCCCAAAAA